AUGUUGAACAAUCAGACAAACGUUGAAUUGCUUCUUGCAAAGUGUGUUGGCCAAAAGGUCAAGAUCCCGGAUUUCUUUGCCAUUUGUCCAUGGAGCGUCGAAGUGUCUGCUAAGGAUGAAAAGAUGGAGAGGGAAGUAGAUCGAUGGCGAUCAAGAUGGAUCAAGACCCCGAAAAGUUUAAAGCGAAACCGUAUAGUUGACCCCUGUCUAUUUGCUCGGGCGGCUGCUCCAAAGGCUUCCUUUGAUGAGUUAGUAAUAUUAUCUAAGUGGGUUGCUUGGACAUAUUAUUGGGAUGAUGCUCAUGACUUCGGCGAGUUUGACGGCAUGACUCAGGAGGUUAUUGACCAUCAAAAGCAGACAAUAGAAUUGUACCGGCAGUGUCUAUUUUCCAAGUCACCGAGAUCUAUUAACCCCGCCGCAGUUUCCCCUGACUAUCUCACUGUACAGUCGGCCCAUGAAUUCGCAGCUGUCGUAGGAGAGGAAGCUUUGUCAUCAUCGCUGAAGAAAUGGACUUUCAAAGUCCUCGCCAACUCCUGUAGGGCUGUUUCCCGUCUCCAGCAUGAGUUUGAUAAGAGAAAUGUACUGGAUCUUGAGACAUACUGGAAACUCCGUAUGGACUCAUCUGCUGCAUUGCCUACUCUAGCAAUCAUCUUGUUUACCGAUCAGAUCGCUUUUCCAGAUUGGUUUUUCGACCACGACCUCGUCAACAAGGCAGCGGAACUAGCUGAUAUCAUCAUAUCGAUUGUUAACGAUAUCGCGUCUGCGAGAUACGAACUUCAAUGCAAGCAUGUUGACAAUCUCAUCCCAAUACUAGUUCAUCACAAGGGAAUUACACCCCAAAAAGCUAUAGAUGAAGCGGCUAAAAUUGCUCACCAAGCUUAUCUUGACUUUGAGGCACUAGAACCACAGCUCAUCCAGCUUGGUAAGAGUCGUGGUGCCACUUACGAGAUGAGAAGGUUUAUCGCAAGCUGUAAAUCGGAGUGUACUGGAAUUAUUCAUUGGCAUUAUCAUGUUAAGCGGUACCUCCCCUGGAAGCCAGGCAUGGAUCGUGGGAAUGUAUCAUUGGUCCUCGGUGAGGAUCUACCUAAAUAA